CUUUAAGAGACCCGGAAGUGGUCCUCUCCGGUGUCCGCUGCUCGGGUUGACGGACAGCUGCCAUGAUAUCCAACCCUGUAGCACGGGCUGUCCGCGGCAGUGCGAGGUGCUGGCGACACCGAGCUGUGUUUGACGGGCUACCGGUGGCCUCAGGCGUCAGCGGCUGGCGCUGGCGCUCUGCUCCGACCCGCAGGGCUUCCUCGGCUAUGGAGGAGCUCCUGGCGAGGGUGGCGGUUCCUUUGCCUUCAUAUGAAACGAGAGAUAAAUCCCCACCUCCGCCCGAAUCGACCAGCCUGGAGUUCAUGAACUUCUACAGAGGACUGGAAAAGGAGGACAAAGCGGGUUUCCUGUCCAGGCUGUCGCAGGACUGCGGCGUGGACCACAGAGCCGUGUCGGACCUGGCCGCCAAGCUGCUGGACACCCAGCGCCGCGACCAGGCCACCAUACUGCAAGCGGAGGACCGGCUCCGGUACAGCCUGACGCCCCGGUACAAGCAGCUGUUCAGCCACGUCAGCCGGGUCCCAGGCGGGGUGAAGUUCCUGGUGGACCUGCGCGCAGAUCUGCUGGAGAUACUGGCGACGAAGGCGAGCGACAGUCCGCACAUCAGGGACCUGAACAGUACUCUGAAGAGCCUGCUGUCUGAGUGGUUUUCUGUGGGUCUGCUGCACCUGGAGAGGAUCACCUGGGGGUCGCCCUGUGAGAUCCUGCAGAAGAUCAGCCAGUAUGAAGCGGUGCACCCCAUCAGGAACUGGACGGACCUGAAGCGCAGGGUGGGCCCGUACAGACGCUGCUUCGCCUUCACCCACGCUGCCAUGCCAGGAGAGCCGCUGGUGGUGCUACAUGUGGCCCUCACUGAGGACAUCGCCGAUAACAUCCAGAGUAUUGUUCGUGAAUUUGCCACGCUUGACGCAGAGGAGGACAUAAACAAGAUAAACUCAGCCAUCUUCUACUCCAUCUCCUCAACCCAGGCGGGCCUGCAGGGCGUGGAGCUGGGCAACUACCUCAUCAAGAGGGUGGUGCGGGAGCUGCAGAGCGAGUUCCCGCAUAUGGCCCAGUUCUCCAGCCUCUCACCCAUCCCAGGGUUCUCCUCCUGGCUCCAGGGCCUGCUGAGCCAGUACAGGAAGGAGGGCCGGGGAUCGGACCUGUUGUCGGAGCAGGAGUGGGCCGAGGUGGAGCAGGCCGUCGGCUCCAACCCGGGGACUCCGGCCGCGGACUCGCUGCGUAAGCUGAUCGCCACCGGGGAGUGGACCCGCUCAGAGAAGCUGUCCCUGGCCCUGGAGCCCGUCCUGAUGCGCCUCUGUGCCUGGUACCUCUACGGAGAGAAGCGCCGAGGCUUUGCUCUUAAUCCCGUGGCCAACUUCCACCUCCAGAACGGCGCCACCAUGUGGCGGAUCAACUGGCGCGCCGACACCAGCCCCAGGGGCGUGGCCAACUCCUGCGGCAUCAUGGUGAACUACCGUUACUUCCUGAACGAGACGUCCAGGAACAGCGCUCUGUACCUGCAGAGCAAAGCCGUGGCGGCGUCGGAGCAGGUUCUGGGACUCGUGUCCCAGUUUCAGAAGAACAGCAAACUGUGACUCUGCCGCUGCCGUGUGUUCUCAGGUUGGACUUCUGUUGGUUUUAAAGACAGAAAGACUGCCGUGUUGUUUUAUUCAAGCUGUCUUUGAUGUUUGCCACAUCUUCCCAAGUAUCCAGCAGCAGCAGCGCCCUGAAUGGACUUCCUGCCGCGGCGGUGGAGCAGAAAGUGGGCCAUUUCUGACAUGAUGUAACGCGGCCCAUCUGCUAUUUGCCUCAUUAGAUUUCUAGCCAAAGCUGUUUGAUAUUGUGUAAGUGAUUCUCAGAGCAGACUGCAGCUAAUGAAGCAGAAGGCAUCUAUCAAUGCCAAAGCAUGUUGGUGGAUAAUAGCGUGUAAUGGUGAGGCCGGUGUGCACCUCCUGGAAUAAAUGAUGUUGAUUCUUCCGUUGGGUUUCUGUGGUUCGCUCUGGAUUCACCGGCGGUCGCUCUGCUUUUUGCCUUUAAAGCUCUUUACAGAAAUCACAGUCGUCCUCUGGGAAUCUUGCCUAAUGAUAAAUAAACAUGAUUUUUUUUUUAAAAAUCAGGUUGACCUUCUGUAUAGAACUGGACUUUGUCAUCACUGCGGUUCAUUUUCCACAGAGAGACAGCCGUUCCCUUCAGAGAUCAUCACUGAUGUUCUAAGUACUCGGCACCGGUGCCAAGCAGGCCUCGCAUCCCAUUGUUGGGAAAUAAUAUAUCACAGCAAGUUGACUGUGAAAUUACAUUUUAUCUCUCCAA